AGCGCUUGAGCAAGUGAAAGUGAAAAUAGUUUUUUUCUGUUAUCGGUUGUAUUCACAGACUCAAAGCUACUAUUAAAUGAUGGGAAGAAUCCGUGGGAAUUCACAGAAAUGAUGCAUUUUAGGACAAACGGUAGUGUCUGUAUUUCUACCAAACUGCCUAACAAUCAGAAUGCAGGUGAUUUAUUUUACGAGCUGUUAAACUGAAACUUCCUGUGCGCGUGGGGGAGGUUAGAAUGACUGCAGCUGUUCAGCACCACGGCCUGAGGAACCAAGGAGCCACAUGUUACCUGAACAGUGUGCUGCAGGUUCUGUUCAUGACCAGAGAGUUCAGAGAAGCUGUGGACAGGCACACACAUUAUCUGGACCGACAUCUUGGAGACUUGUUUAAUGAGUUGCAGCGACACACAACCUUCACUCAUACGCUCACACACCAGCUGAGCAUCAGAGUGUGGGAACAAGAAGAUGCUGCUGAAUACUUUGUGGAGAUUGUAACUAGGAGCAGCCCUGAAGCUUCACAGAUCUUCCGUGGACAGUUAAUACACAAGACCAAAUGUUCAAAAUGUAACACAGUGAAAAAAACAGAACCACAUUUCUGGCUUCUUCCUCUUGCACUGAUGGAUUCAAACAGCAAAACAUAUAGUGUGGUGGACGGCAUCAGGGAGUUUUUCAGAGAUUCUCAUUUCCGUGGACUGGACCAGAUGUACUGUGAGGAGUGUGAUGACAAAGUGGACGCGACUGUUACAUGUGAAGUGAAGCAUCAUCCAGAGGUUUUAGUUCUGCUGCUGAAGAGGUUUGACUUUGACUAUCACUACAUGAGAUACGUCAAAAGCCACCAAGCUGUGGAUGUAAACCUCUCUCUCCACAUUCCAGAGAACCAGACAUAUGAGCUGUAUGCGGCCGUAGACCACGUUGGUGAUCUCAGAGGUGGACAUUACACUGCAACUAUUAAGAACCAGGAUGAGGAUCAAUGGUACAACUUUAAUGACGAAAGGGUCACACGGAUUCGACCAAUUCGGCUUGAAAAAACCAAGAAUGCUUAUCUUCUUUUCUACAAGAAAAAACAAAAGAUGUCCGAUGCACCAAAAGAAUGUGAAAUUAUAAAAAUUGAAAACCAAUGUAGAUACAUGAAAAACGGGACAUUUACACCAAAAAAUAUGUGUUUAUUGUUUCGUGUAGUCAUUAUUCUCAGCAUUGUUGUCGUGACUCUGUCUAGAACUUGAACUCUACUGUAUCUUAUAAAUAAGUUAGAUAUGGUAUAACUGAUUUAUGAGUUUUAUGCCUUGUCUAACCUGUACUGGUCAAUAAUGAUUGUUUCAUCUAUGAAUUCCUGAAUCCUGUUGAUUGAAUCUAAUUAAAUAAAAUCAAAUCUACAGUAUUUGUUGAAUUUAAACCACAUAACAAUCAGUAAUUUAUAUUUGUGUGGAGGCAUAUUAUUGUUAAUAUAUUAUAUAAAUGUUCAUAAUAUUGGAUGCUGAUUACAGUGUUACAUAAAUUAUAAUGUAACGUGAUUAUUUUACUACAACCCUGACAAAUGGGAGCUGCAUAUUUCUGUUUUAAUGGUUUGAUUGUAAGUAUAUAACUCAUCAGAGAAUUCAGGAUUAACUCCAUUAAAGAUCUCAUCUGCU